AUGUUUGGAGAUAAACAUUCAUUGGUCACUUUGUUUAAAAAUGACAUACCUCACCUUUUUACUAUGAAGUGCAUUUGUCAUUCUUUUAACCUUUGCGCAUCAUACGCAUGUGAGAAAUUGCCAAGGGGCGUGGAAGAUUUCUGUAGAAACGUAUAUAAUCAUAUACAAAAUUCUCCAAAACGUAUUGGAUAUUUCAAAACAUUUCAAGCAUUCACAAAUAUUAAACCACACAAAUUGCUCCACCCUAGCCAAACCAGAUGGUUGUCACUUAUUGAUGUAGUAAAUAGGCUUCUGGAACAAUUACCAGCUAUAAAAUUGUGUUUUCAAGCUGCAGUUCAUGUAGAUAGAUUACUUUCUGCGCAAUCAAUUCUCUCCAAGGCUCUCGAACCGACAACUGAAUAG